CGCCCCGUCCAGGCCCCCCCCGCACAGCCGUGAUCCGGCCGCGGCUCCGGCAGGGUCCCUCGGCCCGGUCACCGUGGGAAGCAGGCCCUUGGUUCUCAGAGUGCGAUGUGCGCGGCUCUCCCUGUGGCUUGCCCACACACCAGCUUGACCCUGGCAGUGACCACGGCAAUAGCACUGGCCCAGCUGCUGCAGACAUGGAAGGCAAGGCUGAGGCAGAGACAACGCUCCUCUGAUUUUCAAGGUGAUAACUGGGUUACAUACAAGAGUGCAGCUGCAAAUACUGCAAAACAACAAUAUUUCAGUAUCUUUACUAAUAAUUCUGUGUCCUGAAUGCCCGGCCCCGCUCCCUACAAGAUGGCCGCCACCGCUGAGAAGACGGCCGGGGGAGGGGUUGGGAGCGGGGCGGGGCGCGAUCGCGGGGCUACCGGGGAAGAGGGAGAGGCGAGGAGCGGGGUGUCAGCAACAUGGGGGAGCAGAUUUGGGGCAGCGACAGCGACGAGACCGUGGUGGAGGGCUCGGUGGCGGAGAGCGAUGUGGAGGAAGAGGAGUUCCGCAGGAGGAGAUGGAGUUUCCUCUCCGGAAAUCCAUUUUAUGCAUAUAGCUCACGAUCAUAUGUAUGGACUAAAGUUAAAACAGAUACGUCAAGAGAGAUAUGCACCUGACCAGUCUCAGUCUCUACUGCAGGGCUGGAUAAACUAUCCAUUGCUUACUGAAAAUAUUUCUAAACCUGCUUUCUCACUAAAUUCUGCAGUAGAGGGACAGCAAAAUAAUUCUUUAGAUACCAACGUGAUUGGAUUUCAGAGAGAUUCAGAAGGAAAGAUUUCACAGAAAAUAAGUUAUGAAGGUCUCUCUCCAGUAACAAGCCUGCAUCCAGAUGCCUUUCUGGAGGAGAUAAUAGCAGUUCCAAAGGAACAGACACCGCAAGAUUUAUUUCCACAUGUUUUAGAAGAUUGCCAGAGAACCUGCAUGACUGUGAUUGACACAGAUAACAGUGUAAAAGAACAAUCCUGUAAUAAUGAUACAGAUCUUUCAUUGGCAACCCUAGGAAAUAUUUUCAUGGAACCACUAGUGUUCACUGAACAGAGCAUAGAGACUGCCGAACUUGAAGUCAGUGAUUUGUUGAGACCUCUCAGUGAUUCUGAGAGUCCUAAAACGAUAAACCAAUUGCAUGACAUAUUAGACUAUCAGGGUCAUGUCUUUUCCAGUGAUAUAUCAGCAGAUGAGAACAGUGAUGCCCUUCCAGUAGAGCUUGUGACAGCUCUGAAUUCCUUGUCAGGAUCUGUAAUACAGUCUGACAGUCCUGUAGUGCCAAGCAAGAGACAGCGUACCACUGAGGAAGAGCAGUUAAAUUCAGAAUCCAGUACUCCCCAGCAAGAUGAUGACUGUACACAAAUAACAAACCUGUUUGAGCCUCAGCUUCCUACAAUUCACGAAGGAGAAAUAAAAGCCUUAACAGGAUCUAACUUGCAGAGGACAACAAAUGAGCAACUUGCGGGUGAUCAGCAGAAAGGGAAAGAAGCAAUUUCAGAUUAUUGGAGUGCCAUCUCUAAUGAAAAACAAAAUGAGGAGGGAAGUUUGCAUUCAGUGGAGGCUGUUGUAUGUGCAGAAACCAAUAAAACAGCAUCAGGGAGAACAAUGCAGCUAGAAGAGACCUCCUCAAUAAAGUGCAGAGAUAGUAUUUCCUGUCAUCACCAAGCACUGGAAGAGACACAGCAGAGUAUGUCUCACAAUCACAGUGCAACAAGAAACAAAACCAAGGAUUUUAGUAAAAUUCUGAAACCUGCUUCUAAAGACAAGGAAGAUCUAGAAACCAACAUGUACCAAGAAGUAACUCCAAAUGAGGAUAGAAACGCUGAGCAGAUAAGGAGAAGCAAAAGAAUCAAAGAUAAAAUGAGACUAGAAGCCUAUUUUGUAAAUCCUUGUUGCCCCAUAUCACUUUCAAGAAUAAAUAGGAGGAAUAUUUUUGGUGAGACCUUACUUCAUAGAGCUGUUGCUGAAGAAGAUAUAGACCUCGUACGUAACAUAAUAAAAUCUGGUGCAAAUGUAAAUGCUCAGGAUUAUGCUGGCUGGACUGCACUACAUGAAGCAAGUGUACAAGGCUGUUAUAGGAUAGCAAAUGAGCUUUUGAAAGCAGGAGCUGAUGUUAAUGCUAGAGGAAGUGAACAAAUAACACCGUUGCAAGAUGCAGUUAAGGAAGGCCAUUAUGAGGUGGCAGCAUUAUUGCUUUGGUAUGGAGCUGAUCCCUUAUUAAAAAAUGAGGGGGGGAGAUGUGCAUUAGAAGAAGCUUCUGACCAAUCUAUGAAGAGACUGCUUAAAAGCUAUUUAGUGAAAUCCAGAAGACAUUCGGUAUCAGGUGGAGAUGAUGCAGAGAAUACAUUAAGUGCUCAAAGCGUAGAUGAUACAAACCUGCACCAGAUUUCCUUACAGACAGAUGAGUCUGUACCAGCACGUGCAAAUCUUACUGGUACAGGGAGUGCAGACAUAUUGCAACAGACAACCGUAAAUGAGGUGCAAAACAUUCAUAUCAAUAUAUUGGAUGGUGGAACCAGCUGCAUUGAACAGACACCUCAAACAAAUACAGAAGCAAUCUUAGCACGUGAGCUUUCAGCAGCUACUAGUGGAGAAAGUGUUUCUAGAAGUCUUUCUAAUUCUACUGGUGGUGCACUAAGUACCAUUGAAGAAAAGGCUCCACAACCAGAGAAAGGAUGGAGGAUCCCGCUUAAUGCAGAACAAAGUGCUGAAGGCUGUCACACUGAAGCAACUGAAAAUGCUAGUACUAUAGAGAUCCAGUUUACAGCUUUACAACUCCAUGAAAAGGAAGCACAUCAAAUUAAACAUAAGAGACAGGACCUUCAGGAGACCAACUCAAAAUCAGAUGAAGGAGGGUUUGCUGGAAUGAAUGGAAUAGAAGGCACUGAAGAAAAUGAAGAAGGAAGUAGAAAAAGCAAUGUGUUCUCACAGUUUACUGAAGCAGAAGAAAUCCAAACUAAAAGAAUGAGAUUAGACCUACAGGAGACAAGCCAAAAGAGAGGCUUGUGUUCUAGUAGCAGUAAAUACAAGCUUUCAUCUAAUCAAUCACAAUUCAGUCAAGCAUCAGAACAGCAAACAUCUCAGAAAUCAGGUGGAUCAAAGAAGAAAAAGAGAAAUGCAAAAGGAGAAACUAAGCUGCAUAUUGCUGCUAGGAGAGGAAAUUUGUCUUUGGUGAAAACUCUGAUAUCAUCUGGGAUCUGUGUCAAUGAGCAGGACAAUGCAGGUUGGACAGCGAUUCAUGAAGCUUCCAAUGGUGGUUGUACUGAAGUGAUCUUAGAAUUACUGAAAGCUGGUGCUAAUGUUAACAGCAGAAGCAUGGAUGGUGUGUUGCCCAUACAUGAUGCUGUUUCUGGCAAUUAUUUGGAGGCAGCCAGGAUUCUACUAGAGCAUGGAGCAAAUCCCUGUGAGAGAGACAGUUCUGGGAAAAGUGCUUUGGAUGAAGCUUGUGAUGAUGAAAUGAAAGAACUGCUUAAGUCUUAUGGUGCUGUUGACUCUGUACUUCCUGUUGAAACUAUUGAGGUUACAGAGAGGAGUUAUCUUAGGUCAAGAAGAGCAAAAAGUUGUUUUGAGUGCUGCAAAAAUGAUGAUGCAGCUUUGAAGCCACAAUGUGAGAAAUCCUGUGUGGAGUCUGUUGUAGCCAUACAAGAUACCAAAAAGAAGCAGAAAGAACUGUUGCUAUUUGAAUUGAGAACUUCCAAAGAUGCAGAUAUGUAUGUCCAAAGGCUGUGUCAGAUACAAAAUACUUUGAAUGAAAUGUUUGCAAAACAGAAAACAGAAAGGGAUGCCCUUGCUAAAAAAUACAGGUACGUGGAAUAUAAGGUUUGUAUUUACAGGAAUUCUUUAAAGCAGAUGUAAUUAGAAGUAUACAGUAGUGUGAAAGCAAAAAUAGGUGCUCUUCAUUCAGAUUUUGCUGAAUUUUUAUCAAUAUUGGUUUCAGUUACUUCCAGUAAGAGGUAAAUUACACAGAAUAUGUAAAU